AUGAUGCUCAUUGAUGGAGCCUCUCGUCUCUCGUUGACGACGAGAAAGCGUGGGCCCAUGAAGGCGCUUGGUAGCAGCAAUAGCAGUAAUAGCAGCAAUACUACUAGCAAUAAGUCUAGACGACGAUUGCUUCUGUCCAGGCAGCAAAAGAAACACAAGCGUCUUAAGAAAUCGGUACGCUUUGACUUGACGCACAAGACCCGCGCUCGGUCCUUUCAAAAGGUGAGCCAAGAAGAAGCCGAACACAUUUGGCAUUCCAGUUACGAUUAUUCCUUCUUUGUGUUGAAUUGGAAAUAUUACCCACACGAACCAAUGGAACCAAGGUCCUUCUUGGACAUGCUGUGGCAAACCAAUAAUACUCCUGAGACUAUGAGAAUGGAAGAUUAUCAAUGUUUUCAACCCAAAGAACAACCCAAGCGUCAGAAGAUUCGUGAUUCUCUGUUGAAUACCUACUACGAGAAUUUUGGCAGUGGUACUGAAAUGGCACGCUUGUCUACCAGUAUAACUGCCGAACACAAGCGACAAGCUCAAGUGUGUGCUGCCUUGAACGAACAGGAAAUCCAAACAUAUCUAUAUGGCAGCACACGAGAUGAACUCAUGGAAUCCAAAGACAACAACAACAUCAAGUCUGGUGAUCCACAACAACAACAACAACAAGAUGCCAUGACCUUCGUGUCGCAAUAUGUCGAUUCCAUCAUUCAUCGGACGGCAGCACUGUGGCCGACUCAAUAA